AUGCCACCACCUCACCUCCACCCGAGGUCGCGUAUGACUUCCUCCCUCUUCGCAGCAACCGUUGUGGCCAGCUUCCUUGUUGUCGGCGUCCCUCACAUCCUCCCGUGUCCCGCCCCUAGGGUCGCUUUCGCCGAUGGAGAUAUGUCUGCCGACGGACAGCCUAAGAGACGCAGACGCAGACGCGUGGAAAACACCGAAGGCAAAGACGAAAUCCUGCAGUUUGAGACAGAGCCUGGGUCUGGCGACGCAGGCAGGGCACGAGCUCUGAAGAGAGAGUGCCCAGUGCCCAAGCCCGGGGGUGUUCUCGGCAGCAUGCUCGGCUUCCACAAAGACAACGAUAUCAACGACCCUUCGUCCCCGUCCAAUAGGUGA